AGAAAGCGCACCCAAGUUCAAAAUCGACAAAAAUGGGUGGCGUAUUCUCAGGAGAUCGUGUAUUCAAUGACUCUAAAGCUAUACACAAUGUCGAUAAACAAAUGCUUCACAAUCAUGAUCCGACGUUAUCAGUGAGCACUCCGGAAGUCACCACCGAAAUGCACGAGCGUCUCAACUUCCCGAAAGUCGAACUUCAUUUGCAUCUUGAUGGAGCCGUCCGAUUUGAUACACUGAUCGAUCUUUCUCAACAAAAGGGAAUACCACUGGCUGGAGCUAAGACUGUCGAGGAACUCAAAAAAGUUUUAGUGACCCACGAGCCAGCAAAUCUUUCAAAGGUUCUCGAAGCGUUUGAAAUAUUUUUGCCGGUUAUUCGCGGAGACUUGGCAGCUAUUGAAAGAGUUGCUUAUGAACUUUGUGAGGAUCAGCAUAACAAUGGAGUUGUCUAUUUUGAAGGAAGAUAUUCACCACAUUUGUUGCUUUGUAAUGAUUAUCCGGAAGUAACCGCUGCUCACGUUGUCGCCGCUGUUAAGAAAGGAUUUGAUCGUGGAGAGAAACAGUUCGGAAUCAAAGCUCGUUCAAUUCUUUGCUGUAUUCGUGGACUAGACAAAAAGUUCCCACAAUUGAUUCUCGAUUUGGCAACUGACUUGAAACAACUCGGAGUUGUCGCGAUUGAUGUUGCUGGAUCAGCUCACGGAGCCGAUGAACAGUACGAGCCAGAAGUCGUUGCUGCUUUCCAAGAAGCACACAAACGAGGAAUUCAUAGAACUGUUCAUGCUGGAGAGUCUGGUGGUCCAAAGGAAGUUAUUAAAGCUAUUGAAGAUAUGUAUGCAGAGAGAAUUGGACAUGGUUAUAGAGUAAUGAGAGAUGAAGAAAUGUAUUUGGAGCAUUUUGUAAACUCAAAGAAUGUUCAUUUGGAAGCUUGUCCAUAUUCAUCUGUAAUGACUGGUGCUGUUCCAUUGGAUUGGAAGAAUCAUCCAAUUGCACGAUGGGCUAAAGAUGAUGUUAAUUUCUCUGUAUCUCGUGAUGAUCCAACAUGUUUUGAUAAUUCGAUGCUCAGUGAAUUGACACUUGUUCAUAAGCAGAUCGGAUUGGAUGUACAUCAACUGUGGAAAGCGCAACUUAACGCUGCCCGUUCUUGUUUCCUUCCUGAAGACGAAAAAGCUGAACUUGUAAAACGAGUUGAAGCUGGAGAGCCGCCACGUCCAUGAUUCAUGAUUAAUCACUCAUUUUUCUAACAUUUUUACUCGCCCAUUUUCUUAUCUUUUUCUCUUGAAACAUUCCUACAAAUGAAUAGACAUCUUCUGAUAUCUCUUCUGCAUCCACUUUCCUGAAUGAAUAAACUUUUGUUUCC